UUCUAAAACCCACAGCUCCCUCCACCUUCUAUCCCCUGGAGAAGCUGUGUCCCUGCCUCCUUUCUCUGACCACCGUCCCCCAAAAUGCCAGGGCUCCCUUUCUUUCUUUUAAGUAGACUCCACGCCCAGGUUGGAGCCCAGCGCUGGGCUUUCACUCAAGACCCUGAGGUCAAGACCUGAGCCGAGAUGGAGUCAGCUGCUCAGCCCACUGAGCCAGCCAGGCGCCCCAGGGUGGGGGGGCUCCCUUUCUGAGCCAGGUGAAGAAGCCACAAGCACCAGAGCAAGAACAGAAGCCACAACCAUGCAGAGGAAGGGUCAGUGGCGGCCACCUGGUUUGCAUCUGUUCUUUCCCCCUGCUGAGUUCCUGAGCAGGACCACAGGCCCAGAAGGCCACGGCAAGCAGCCAGGUUCCUACAACUGGAUUUCAGCCCCACCCCUGGCACAAGCAUGAAGUUGGGAAGCAUCUGGGCAGCUGCCAUCUAUUCUAUUUAAACGGCCAACCUGGUCAGAGGGCUCUGCUCGGCCAUGCCAGGCACAGGACUGUGUGGCCAGCAUGUCACUCCUGGCAGCUCACCUGGUCAGCUUGCAGCUCUCCCUCUCCUGCUACUGGGCCCUCAGCUGCCACAACACAGAGUCAUCUCCUGAUUUCAGCCUCUCUGGGGAUUACCUACUUGCAGGUCUGUUCCCACUGCACUCUGACUGUCCCGGGGUGAGACGCAGGCCCACGGUGACCCUCUGUGACAGGCCCAACAGCUUCAAUGGCCAUGGCUACCACCUCUUUCAGGCCAUGCGGUUUGGCAUUGAGGAGAUCAACAACUCCACAACUCUGCUGCCUAAUGUCACCCUGGGGUACCAGCUGUAUGACGUGUGCUCAGAGUCAGCCAAUGUGUACGCCACACUCAAUGUACUCUCCACGCUGGGGACACAUCACAUAGAGAUCCAAGCAGACUCUUCCCACUAUUCCCCGGCUGCCCUGGCGGUGAUUGGACCUGACACUACCAACCAUGCUGCCACCGCUGCAGCCCUGCUGAGCCCGUUUCUAGUGCCUGUGAUCAGCUACGAGGCCAGCAGUGUGAUGCUUGGAGUGAAGCGGUAUUACCCCUCGUUUCUGCGCACUAUCCCCAGCGAUAAGUACCAGGUGGAGAUCAUGGUGCUACUGCUGCAGAGGUUUGGGUGGGUCUGGAUCUCAUUGGUGGGCAGUGAUGGCGACUAUGGGCAGCUGGGGGUGCAGGCACUGGAGGAGCAGGCCACCCAGCAGGGCAUCUGCAUUGCCUUCAAGGACAUCAUACCCUUCUCUGCCCAGCCGGGUAAUGAGAGGAUGCAGAGCAUGAUGUACCACCUGGACCGAGCAAGGACCACUGUUGUGGUCGUUUUCUCCAGCAGGCAGCUGGCCAGGGUGUUCUUCGAGUCCGUGGUCCUGGCCAGGCUGACUGCCAAGGUGUGGAUUGCUUCAGAAGACUGGGCCAUCUCCAGACAUAUUAGCAGCCUGCCCAGGAUCUGGGGCAUUGGCACAGUGUUGGGCGUGGCCAUCCAGCAGAAGCUUGUCCCUGGUCUGAAGGAGUUUGAAGAGGCCUACGUCCGGGCAAAGAAGGCAGCCCAUAGGCCUUGCUCCAGGGACUCCUGGUGCAGCAGCAACCAACUCUGCAGAGAGUGCCGAGCUUUCACAGUACAGCAGAUGCCCACACUCGGAGCGUUCUCCAUGAGCUCUGCCUACAAUGCCUACCGGGCUGUCUACGCAGCAGCCCAUGGCCUCCACCAGCUCCUGGGCUGUGCCUCUGGAGCCUGUUCCAGGGACCGAGUCUACCCCUGGCAGCUUCUAGAGCAGAUCCGCAAGGUGAAUUUCCUUCUACACGAGGACACUGUGAUAUUUAAUGACAACGGGGACCCUCUCAGUGGCUAUGACAUAAUUGCCUGGGACUGGAGUGGUCCCAAGUGGACCUUCAGGGUCAUUGGCUCCUCCACGUGGCCUCCAGUUCAGCUGGACAUAAAUAAAACCAAAAUCCGGUGGCACGGAGAGGACAACCAGGUGCCUGAGUCUGUGUGCUCCAGCAACUGUCUUGAAGGGCACCAGCGAGUAGUUGUGGGUUUCUACCACUGUUGCUUUGAGUGUGUGCCCUGUGAGGCUGGCACCUUCCUCAACAAGAGUGACCUCCACAGCUGCCAGCCUUGUGGGAAAGAAGAGUGGGCACCUGAGGGAAGUGAAUCCUGCUUCCUACGCACUGUGGUGUUCUUGACUUGGCAUGAGCCUAUCUCUUGGGUGCUGCUGGCAGCUAAUACGCUGCUGUUGCUGCUGGUGGCUGGGGCUGCUGGCCUGUUUGCCUGGCACUUAGACACCCCGGUGGUGAGGUCAGCUGGGGGCAGGCUGUGCUUCUUUAUGCUGGGCUCCCUGGCAGGGGGCAGCUGUGGGCUCUAUGGCUUUUUUGGGGAGCCCACCCUGGCCACAUGCUUGUUGCGCCAAGGCCUCUUUGCCCUCGGCUUUGCCAUCUUCCUGUCCUGCCUGACAAUCCGCUCCUUCCAACUGGUCUUCAUCUUCAAGUUUUCUGCCAAGGUACCCACCUUCUACCAGGCCUGGGUCCAAAACCAUGGUCCCCGCCUCUUUGUGGUGAUCAGCUCCAUGGCCCAGCUGCUCAUCUGUGUAACUUGGCUUGCGGUGUGGACCCCGUUGCCCACCAGGGAGUACCAGCGCUUCCCUCAGCUGGUGGUGCUUGACUGCACGGAGGCCAACUCCCCGGGCUUCAUGGUGGCCUUUGCCUACAAUGGCCUGCUGUCCGUCAGCGCCUUUGCCUGCAGCUACCUGGGUAAGGACCUGCCGGAGAACUACAACGAGGCCAAAUGCGUCACCUUCAGUCUGCUCCUCAACUUCGUGUCCUGGAUUGGCUUUUUCACCACAGCCAGCGUCUACCAGGGCAAAUACCUGCCCGCGGUCAACGUGCUGGCGGCGCUGAGCAGCCUGAGCAGCGGCUUCAGCGGUUAUUUCCUCCCCAAGUGCUACGUGAUCCUGUGCCGCCCAGAUCUCAACAGCACCGAGCACUUCCAGGCCUCCAUCCAGGACUACACGAGGCGCUGCGGCUCCACCUGACCCCGCCUCCCCUGUCCCGAGGGCCGAGGGUCAAGCGUGGCGCGCACGCCCUGCGCCGUCCCGGAGGCCUUUGGACUCUUCAGUUUGGGCUCGGGGAGUGUAAGGUCGCCGGAGGCCGCCCCGGGCUCCCAGGCUCUGCCAAUA